AAAGUAGAAGAUUAAACCGAGAGUUUCAAUCGCCAGAGAGGUAGAGAGGAAAUGGAAGAAUCAAUCGGUAAAUUUAGCAAAAGGCUAACAUCGUUCUGCAACCAUCUUCAGACCAGCUGCGACGCCAUCAAACAGUCAGUUGACCGCCGUCCCAUCCCUCUCGAUUCGGCGUCCUCUACCUUCAUACAAUGCCUGAAUCGUCGCGUUUCAACUGCCAGUAGCGAUCUAAACCUGCUCGAAUCCAUGUCGUUUGGUACUGUUUCCUUUGAAGAGCUAUUAGGUCAUUGUAGUGAAGUUUACAAGAAGAAUCAAAGCGAUCUUCUUCAACUCGAAGAUCGUCUUAAGAGCUUCGGCUAUGUUCCUGAGGUCGAGGUAGAGGUCGAGAUCAAUAUGGACGAUGAUGAUUCCAGUACUGGAUUGGACCUUCCUUCUUAUAGCGGAACUGCAUCUGCAGCGAGUUCAAUUAUGAAGAGUUUGGAAGAGGAUCCUCUAAUGGAUGAUUCAUUGAGUUUAAAGAGUCUAGGCCUUUCAGACGUUUGUCUUGCCACUUUAGCAUCUAAAGCAAAGAGUGAGAUUGAUGAUCCUGAUAUUUUUGUGGAAGAACCAGUGAAGCAUUUUGGUAACAAGCAUCAUGGCAUAAGUGGUCCAGACCAAAAUGCAGCAAAAGCCCUAGGAGUAAUUGAAGGUGGUGUGAAGCCAGCUGAUGCUGUAAGGCCAAUCAUAGAGGUAUCAAAAGAUGGUUAUGAAAGUUUGCCAUCCUAUAUGAAAAGUCUUACAUCAUGGGAGGAUUUGGUAGCUGCUGUUGAGAAAAUUAACUCAAGCCUGAGAGAGAAGGAGAAGACCAAGGGAAGUAGCCAUUUCCAGCAAGAUGAAAUUGCAUCGUUGGGACUGGGGCCUAAGGCAAGAACUUAUUUGCUGCUGCUGAUGCGAAUGAAUCGGUUGGUGGUUGAGACAAUCGAUGGUUUGAUUUCCUACAAGGUUUUGUCGAUGAGAUAAGACAGGAAAAAAUAGCUUUAUAUAUUCAAAUUCUUUCAUCUCAAAUUUCUCCAUUGAGUACUUCAUUACAUUUUGGAACUCUGCUAAAAUCCAAUGAGAUUUAUAUUAUCAACGUACACAGCAAUAACAACAAAUUUAGAUAUUGACCUUUUUAUAAAAAUACAUGGACAAAUUAGAUCA